AUGCGGGCGGAGGGCGUGGCGAGCAGCGCGCCGAGGAGGUUCGGGCCUUCCCCGGCUAGCGUGGGCGGCGAAUUGGGCCAGGAGUUCGACCACGGGCUCCCGGUGCGAAGCAGCCCAACCCUCAAGGCGACGCUUGAAGUGCUGGUGGCGACCUCGGUGAUCGUGUGCUUCUACACUCUGUGGUUCGUCGCCGAGCUGCUGUUUUCCACGAAGUGGAGGACUCCUGGGUCCGAGUACAGGGUGCUGUGGAGGGGUACCACCGCUCUCGUGGUCGACAUUACACUGCCGGCCUGCGGCUACUUUGGCGCCAUGUACAGCAACCGUCACCUCACCUGCUGUUUCUGCGGCUGCAGUUUCCUGGUCUCGUCCAUAGCGGUCAUCUCCAUUUGCAUCAGUUUGUUCAGCUCGUUGAGCAGCGUCGACUGGAGUGAUCGUGCUGAACAGAAUAAGCGGGCAGUGCCCGCGAUGAUCCUGGACAUGGUUGCUUUCUGGUUCGGAAGAAAUCUCUACUGCCGGAUGUCCUCUGAGCGAAUUGUGGCCGCCUCCCCUGGUCCACUAGUGGGCCAGGUAUUCCAAUCUCAGGGGAGAACCCAGCCGGUGGCCACUGCCCACGGUACUGUCACCACUUCGAACUGA